UUGGAAAGGAAGGUUCAGGAUAUCAUGUCCACCAAGAAUGUGGAGAAGAUGGAGAAGGUCUGUCCUGAAGGGUCAGAUAGACAGCAUGAAAAUGUAAACACAAAUGCUGCAAAUGCAAAUAUGGUGCUCUUAGAGAAACAGCUGCAGCUUGAAAAAAAGCAUGUAAAGCAUGCUAAAAAGGUGGCUAAGUUUGAAAAAAGACGCAAUGAUUUGCUGCAGCAAGAAAUCUGUCGCUUAAAACAGGAUCUUCAGCAAUUCUGUCAUCGACUAAACUUACUGGGUGGUUCUUUCUUUCAUGGUGUCGAAGGGAUAGAUGCUUCAGCGAAGGGAAUUUCAGAGUCGCCAAAACUUCCUUAGGUGCAGCUGUAAUGCAGAACAAGGGGAAGCAAAAGCUCUACUCGCAGCUAUAGAGCUUCUCCAAGAAGUGAAGAAUGCAUAAGGUCUGUUUUUUGGAGAUUGUCAGGCAUUCAUCAAAGCUCUAUCUUAUACUAUGUUAGGUGUUAGACGGUACACAGCUCCUAUUUUGUUAGAUUGUAAAUAUGCUCUUAGCAAAUCUUGUACCUCUGUAUAUAAGUAUGUUAACAGAACAAAGAACAUGGUGGCUGACACCUUAGAUAAAUCCAUUAGACAAUCUGGUUUAUGCAUGUCUUGGUUAGUCUCUCCUCAUUGUAUUAUUUAUGGGUAUGUUACAAGGUUGUGACGUUUCCAAACAAUAUAAUGACUGGAUUAUCUUAAUG